AUGGCUGAAAUAGACGCUUCUUCCUCCAAACCCGCCGGCCCAGCCGACGCAGCCCCAGCCACCCCGGGCACCACCGCGCCGUCAUCCCAGAAGCGGGGGCCGUCUAUCCACCAGAUUUACGCCCUGCCAGCUCCGAUACGGACGUUUCCCCUUCCCGCGUUCUACCCGAACAACCCACUGUCACUUUUCCACGUCCUCUCGGCAUGGUUGAGCCAGACCUUUUCGCCGCCACCUGCGGAACCCGCAGUUGUCCACCAGGGCACCUGGUCCGACGUCACCACAUCCGUCCACGUCACCGAUGAAAAGUCGAUGAGGGCCUUGUGGGAGCAAGGCUUCUACGGCAAGGGCAGCCUCAGUCGCAGCGAACCCAACUGGCUCAAGCGAGAAGAGGUUCGGAGGGGUCUCCAAGAGGCUCAUGUCAGCGAACUCUUGACGGUCCAGCGCCGACAAGAACGUGCUCAGGCCAAGUGGGAGCGAGCAAGACUGGAGCAAGAAGCCAUUCGGAGUACCAAGCUGGAAGAGGCACGUCUGGCCGCGGUCCGCAACCAGGCAGCCUUGGCCAACCUGCUCCCGCCCCGACCCGUCGCGGUGGCACCCGUCGGGCCAAUGGAGCUUCUCCUGCUUCCAAACUCAGCAGCGGACCUGAUGGCCACGCAAUGCUCCCACGGGACCCGCGAGGAUCCUUCAACGACCCAUGGAACACCAGACGCACACGCCACCAGUGGACCUGUAGGCUGCCUUGGCGCGGCACCCGACAUUGGACGCGUCGACGGUGGUGAUGCACCGCAUCCGAGACAGGAGGAUGAUGCAGACAUGACCGAUAAGGUCGCCGGUGGUACACUGGAGAGUGCACGAUCAGACGAUGCCGACACGCCGCGCACACCGUCCAAGUCGGCCACCUCGUCAGACUCUUGCAGUGACAGCGUCGAAUCCAAAUCGCUGAAGCGUCAGAAGAGCGUCCGAUUUUCUCCAAAGGUGGAAUCAACAACCUUCCAGUUGUUUGAUCCGCCAAGUCCGAAUCACUCGUCGGCUGGGAAGGGCGACAACCCGCUGGCAAACGGUGACGGCAAGCUCAAGACGCGAGAUAUCCCUACCAUACCUCUGGUGGAUGUGGGCGCAAUUUCCAAGGGCAACACGCAGCCGAUCGUGAACAAAGAGCAUCUCCAGCUGACGCCUGAAGAGGCGUUCUUCUUGACAUUUGGACUCGGGGCGCUAAGCGUCCUUGACGGAGCUUCUGGCCAGCCCAUGUCUACUAAGGAGCUGUUCACCCUCUUCCGGCAGCACUCAUACUUUCCACCUCGGAUCGGGCCCGAAGAACCCGAGCUCGAGCCUGACGAUGGGUUUCUCGUGCACUACGCUGUAUAUCACCAUUUUCGAUCCUUGGGAUGGGUGCCACGUGCGGGCAUCAAAUUUGGCGUUGACUGGCUGUUGUACACGCGCGGGCCUGUGUUUGAUCACGCCGAGUUCGGCUUGAUGGUGGUGCCGUCAUACUCAGAUCCGUGGUGGAAGGAAUCAGGGAAGAAGGCACCUCACCGGACGUGGGCAUGGAUGCACAGCAUCGUGCGAGUACUAUCGCACGUCACAAAAAGCCUGGUCCUAGUGUACGUCGACGUUCCUCCCCCUCCAAAGUUUGAGGAAGCUCUGGACAAGGGAAUCGCGGAGGCACUCAGUCUGUACAAGGUCAGGGAGGUCAUGGUCAAACGCUGGUCCAGCAACCGAAACAGGUGA